GAACGACUGAAUUUGCAAAUCGGCGACCACCAUCUCGUAGUUUCGUAGUUUUGUAGGAGCAAACAAUUUAUAAAAUCCCACUCUACAUAAAGGCGCUUCCUGAAUUUUACAACCAAGAGCAUCUGCAAUCAACUGCCAAAAUGAGAGCAUACUGGUACGAUAACGACGAUAGCGUUGACCAGCGCGAACUCCACGACUCCGGUCGCGAGGUUCCCCAGGAGUAUCUCUCCAAGCUGGGAGUCCUCUACUAUCGGUUCUCCGACGUUGCAGAUGUCGACAAGCUUGCCGCCGAACGAAGCUACAAGAAUCGCGAUGUGAUCACCGUAUCCCCAGAGAAGAUGGGCGAUGUCUACGAGGAGAAGGUCAAGAUGUUCUUCGACGAGCACUUGCACGAGGACGAGGAGAUCAGAUAUAUCAGGGACGGUACUGGGUUCUUUGAUGUCAGAAGUGAGGGUGACGAAUGGGUUCGCAUCCAUUUGGAAAAGGACGACUUGAUCAUUCUACCGGCUGGUAUCUACCACCGUUUCACAACAGACAACAAGAACUAUAUUCAAGCCAUGAGGCUUUUCAAGGAGGAGCCGAAGUGGACGCCUUUGAACCGUGGCCCGGAAGUCGAUGUCAACCCCUAUCGCAAGGAAUACCUACAGGCCCGG